AUGCGGCCCAGCGGCUGGCUGUGUCUGAGUGUGGGGAUCGCCCUGGCGCUCUCCGCCGACGCCGCGCCUGCUGCGUCCGACUCUGACGGGCCGGCAAGCGGACUCACCGCCGGUGGAACGGCACUCGCUCGAGACAUGAACGAUGCCAGAAAAAAGAAACAGGAAAUCGGAGACAUGUGGCCGAUGCUGCUCAUACCAUUCAUCAUACAGGCCGUGGUGCUGCCGUUUUUCCUCACUUCACUGAAGAUGAUGGCUGUAAAGUCGCUGUUUGUUGGGAAGGUCGCACUGUUGUUGCUGCUCUUCAAUGUGUUGCGGAACGCGGCGCUGCAGUCGCAAGACAAUGUGUACAAGGAUAAUCUUGCUGAAGCACACUAUGGCUACAAUGGGGGUCCUGAAAUUGGAGCAUGGUUCAACAGAUGAACGCUUUAUGUUUGCUUCUGAAUAACUGAGCCAUUGUAGUUCAUGUAUUUUACAGCUGCACGAAUGCAACAUCUUUCAUACAUGUGAUCAUUAUUUAAAUCUGGGGCAAAAAGACCUCCUUCA